UCUGUUUUCUCAGAGCCACCAGCAACACGCAAAACACUAAUACAACAUGCCGCCGACCAUUCUCACCAUUUCCUCACCUCCCAUUAUCUCCACCAUCUUCUUCCUCCUCCUCCUCUACUCCCCCUCUUCCCUCGCCGCUGGCAACUGCUUCCCCGGCGACAAAAAAGCUCUCCUAACCAUCAAAUACGCCUUCAACAACCCUGAAAUCCUCGCCAAUUGGACCAACGAAACCGCCUGCUGCGAUUGGACCGGCGUCCAAUGCCUCGACUCCCGCAUCAUUUCCCUUCGCAUCACCGGCUCCUCUUCCCUCUCCGGCUUCCUCCCCUACGCCAUCGGUAACCUCCCCUUCCUCAAAACCCUUAUUUUGUCUGAUCUCCCAGGCCUCGAAUACAGCAUCCCCUACUCCAUUUCUCAUCUCACCCAUCUCUCCACUCUCAUCCUCUCCAACACCUCCCUUUCCGGCAAAAUCCCUUCCACUCUCUCCCGCCUCGGUUCCCUCCAACUCCUCCGCCUUUCUCGUAACCGUCUCAGCGGAGAAAUCCCUAAAUCGUUCGGAAGCUUUGAUGGGUCCUCUCCUCCACGGCUCGACUUAUCAAACAACGAUCUUUCUGGGGAAAUUCCGGCGGAGCUGGGCAACAUUGAUUGGGGGUUUAUUGAUUUGUCGAACAAUCGUCUCGAGGGAGAUGCGUCGGUGUUAUUCGGUGCGGGAAAGAAUGUUACGAUAAUGAAUUUAUCUUCGAACAAAUUUCGGUUUGAUUUGAGCAAAGUUAGGUUUCCCGUUGGUUUGGGGGCUUUGUUCUUGAACCGCAAUGAGAUUUACGGUAUAAUACCGGCUCAGAUAAACCGGUUGAUUCAUUUGAUAGUGUUGAAUUUGAGCGAUAAUCAACUGUGCGGGGCGAUACCAGCUGGGCAGGUGACCAGAGAGUUCCCCAAGCAAUCUUAUUUGGGAAACAAGUGUCUUUGUGGGGCGCCGUUAGAUCUAUGCCCGUGAGGGGUUGAGGCAUGAGCCGCUUAGGCUUGAAAUGAGCGAUUUGAGAUUGUGGUUUGGGUGUGAUAGUUUUAAUGGUUUGUCUUUCAUCAAGUUUGUGCAUGUAUUUUUUAUUGCAAGUUUAUUUCGGUUG